AUCACAACAGAAGAUAAUAACUUUACAUAGUUCCCUCAAAAGAUUUUAACAAUGCGCUAUACUUAUUUACUUGCCUUAGGCUUGAUUACCGGUGUUUUCAGUGCACCCGUUCCCAAAAAUGAUAAACCAAUAUGUUUCAAAGAUUCCUCUGGAGUUGUACGUUGCUUAGGUGACUUGGACUCUGCUACUCCAGCCUGUUUCAAAGACACCGAAGGUAAUGAACGUUGCUUAGGUGCUUUGGAUCCACCAAACCCACUUUGUUUCAAAGGUGAUGAUGGCCAUUUAUACUGCUUGGGUGAUUUGGCCAAACGUGAAAAUAAAGAAAUCUGUUUCAAAGAUACCGAAGGUAAUGAACGUUGCUUAGGAGUUUUGGACCAAGGUGCAAAUGACAAAGAUGAAGAUGACAAAAUUUGCUUCCCUAGUCACCUAGGCCCAACACUUUGUCACUAACUCGUUGAUCAGGAAUCAUAGAGCCAGAUUUAGUUUACAGAAAAGAAUUUAAUUUAGAAUAAAAAAAAUUGAUUUGUUUAUAUAGAGUGUUUAUUAAACAUUAAAUGAGAUUAUACUAUGAUUUG